AGCAUCAUGGCUCUGAGGGGGAUGUUUGUGUUUCUGGCGCUUGCCUACUGCUUGAACAUAGCUUCUGGUACUACGCUUGGCGUGGUGUACACUGAAGGUGGCAUGGUUGAAGGCACCAAUAAGAAGGUGGGAUUUCGAAAAUACCUUGAUAUCUUUAAGGGCAUUCCCUUUGCUGCACCUCCAGGGAGAUUCGAGAACCCCAAGCCUCACCCUGGAUGGUCAGGUAUUCUUAAGGCCAAUGAGUUCAAGAACAGGUGUCUCCAGAUGACCCUUCUGCAAACUAAUACUCGAGGUGGGGAAGAUUGUCUCUAUCUGAACAUCUGGGUCCCCCAACAUGCAAAAGUGUCUACUGACCUUCCUGUCAUGGUCUUUAUUUAUGGAGGCGCAUUCCUGGUGGGUGGAUCCCAAGGCCCCAAUUUCCUGGAUGAUUAUCUGUACAGUGGAGAGGAGAUUGCGAUGAGGGGAAAUGUCAUUGUGGUGACCCUGAACUAUCGCAUUGGAACUCUGGGCUUCCUAAGCACGGGUGACUCCAAUGGACCAGGAAAUUACGGCCUAAGAGACCAGCACAUGGCCAUUGCCUGGGUCCAUCGCAACAUCAGAGCCUUUGGUGGUGACCCCAAUAAUCUCACCAUCUUUGGUGAAUCGGCAGGAUCUGCCAGCGUCAACCUCCAGAUCCUGUCUCCUUACAACAAAGGGCUGAUCCGUAGAGCCAUCUCCCAGAGUGGUGUUGCGCUAAGUCCCUGGGCGACCAACACCAGACCCCUCUUUUGGGCCGAAAAGAUCGCUGAGAAAGUUGGCUGCCCAACCAAUGAUACGGCUAAGAUGAUGGCCUGCAUGCGCAUUAGUGACCCUGUGGCCCUCACUCUGGCAGGCAACUUGCAGCUGUUUAACUUGCAAGAGCCAGUGGUCUUCGGACUGGGCCUCUCCCCAGUGGUUGAUGGUGACUUCAUCCCAGACCAUCCUGCAAACCUGUAUCCAAAUGCAGCUGAUGUGGACUACAUUGCUGGGGUAAAUGACAUGGACGGCCACUUUUUCGCAGGAUUUGACGUUCCAUCAGUCAACAAAAAGAAGGACACAACCCUUCCCUCAGACCUGUACAAGCUGCUGCUGGGCCUGUCCAAGGAUAAGGGCGAUCCUGCUGCCAAGGACGCUUUUGAUCUCUACACGCAGAGUUGGGGAGCGAGCCCCUCACUGGAGACCAUUAAGAAGACAAUAGUCGACGUGGAAUCAGACUUCCUCUUCAUUGCCCCCACAUAUGCGUCCCUCUGCUUACAUAACCAGCACGCCAGUGUGGGUAAAACAUACACGUAUGUCUUCAAUAUGCCAUCCCGAGUGCCAUUCUUCCCAAGUUGGAUGGGGGCAGAGCAUGCUGAAGAUUUGCAGUAUGUCUUUGGGAAACCCUUCACGACCCCACUGGCCUACUUCCCUCGACACCGAGACGUCUCCAAGUAUCUGAUUGCGUAUUGGACCAACUUUGCCAGGACAGGGGACCCCAACAAAGGAGAGUCUGAUGUUCCCGCUCAGUGGCCUGCAUUUACCUGCAAGGACCUCCAGUACCUGGAAAUCAACAACAACAUCAAGUACAGCUCGGUCAAGCAGAAGCUGAGGACCCGCUUUGUGCACUUCUGGGCAGAUGUUUAUCCUACCUAUGCGGAUGUCAUCUCGUCUCCCACUCCAUAGACUGCCCCGUGUUUAUUUAGGCUAGCACCCCAUCAAAAUCUUUAUUAAAAACCAAUUCAGAUGUAUAGUCACGGUUUAGGCAAUAUUAGUAAAUCUCAUCCCCAAGACAGCCUUACAUGGACUUCCUUUGUUAAAGCCCACUCACCUGAGCAGACCUGGACCGGUGCAGUAAAUAAAACACCUCCACAGGGGGUCUAGACCAACCUUCUUCACUAACCCACUGACCCUGGCCUUCUUAAUUAAGUGACAGCCUUGAUCAACAAGUCACAAUCUAAAAGAACUCGACAAAGAUCCCACAUCCCUACAUACAAAUACCACAAUUAAGCCUCAACUGAUCCGACAUUCAAAAAGUUGUUUUUUUUUAAACUCCAUUUAUUAAAAAUUCACUUUUCUACAGUCACCUUCCUUUGCAAAGCACUUUCCUCAGCAUCGUACCAACUUUUUAAUGCCCAAUUCCUACUCCUCCCACCUUCAAAGUUUCUCCACUUUUAAUAUUUUCUUGUCCCUCGUAAAUCACACCCCUGCUCAGACCCCUUGGCUCUCUCUUUCCAGAACAUGCCUGGGUCACCAGCUGUAGUAACCUCUCUGACCUGAAGACACACCUGAAGUUAGCUAAAGCUCACCCAAAAGGCCACAUUGCCAGAGCCGUGUUCCUUCCGUACAAGUCAAUUUGUCACUUUCCCGUCACCUUCACCUCUGACCACUUCACUCUGGGCUGUGGCAGAUGGCAACUCCUCUUUAGGCACCACUCACAACUGCGCUAUUGUCAGUCCAUGUCCUGCUCUGCAUGAGGCGCACAGUGACCACCAUACGCUAGGCGGGCUAAUCCAGCAGAGUGACAGUCCAAGACUGGCAGCGUUCUAGUCAGCAAAAUAAAGCGAUAGCAGUGACCACGUACCACCUCACAUCUGGGCACGGGCAUGGUUUGUUGUCUUGGAACUUAACAUAAUAAAGGGCAUCCAUAUGUAGUUA